AUGUCGCCAAAAUUAAUUCAUCAUAUAAGAACAAUGACUCAGUCUCCACAGCGAAGAAGAGUUGUUGUAACAGGACUAGGAGUGGUAUCUCCUCUUGGUACAGGCAUAGAACUAGCAUGGCAAAAUAUUUUGAAAGGUCAAUGUGGCAUAGUCAGUCUGCAAGGCAAUGAAUACUCUAAAUUACCUUGUCGAGUAGCCGGGUUAGUACCUUUGGAGAAAGAUGAUAAAGUGACAAAAGCACUAUCCAAGUCCAACUUAAAGUCCAUGGCUCCAGCUACAUGUCUCGCCCUUGUUGCAACAGCAGAAGCAUUAGCUGAUGCAGAAUGGUUACCAAAGUCUGAUAUUGACAGAGAGUCCACAGGUGUGGCUAUCGGGAUGGGCAUGAUAGAUUUGAAAGAUGUCUGUGAUACUAAUGAGGCAUUGAAAAUAGGUUACAACAAAGUUAGCCCUUUCUUUGUUCCUAGAAUAUUACCUAACAUGGCAGCUGGUCACAUAAGCAUUAAAUAUGGCUUCAGAGGACCUAAUCACGCUGUGUCUACAGCAUGUGCAACAGGUGCACAUUCAAUAGGUGAUGCGUUUAGAUUUAUAAGAAAUGGUGAUGCAGAUGUAAUGGUCUGUGGAGGUGCAGAGUCUUGUAUCAGCCCUUUAGCCAUAGCAGGAUUUAGUAGAUUAAGAGCACUAAGCACAUCAUUCAAUGAUGAACCGAGAAAAGCAUCUAGGCCAUUUGAUAAGAAACGAGAUGGCUUUGUCAUGGGUGAAGGUGCAGCUGUUAUAGUUUUGGAAGAGUACCAGCAUGCAUUAGAGAGAAAUGCAAAAAUGUAUGCAGAAAUUCUAGGAUAUGGAUUAUCAGGAGAUGCAAGUCAUAUAACUGCUCCUAGAGAUGACGGAAGUGGGGCUGUGUUAUCAAUGAGCCGUGCAUUGAGAGAUGGCUGCAUUGAUAAAGAGAAAGUUACUUAUAUUAAUGCCCAUGCUACAUCAACUCCUAUAGGAGAUGGUAUUGAAGCAACAGCCAUCAAAACUCUGUUUAAGGAUCAUAGCAGAAAUAUAUUAAUUUCAUCCACGAAAGGAGCUCAUGGCCAUUUAUUAGGUGCUGCAGGCAAUUUAGAAGCAGUAUUUACAAUUUUGGCCUGUCAUCGAGGAAUAAUACCACCAACAAUCAAUUUAGAAGAACCUGUUGAUGAUUUAAAUUAUGUUGCUAAAGAAUCAAAGCCAUGGACUGUAGACAGGAGAGUUGCAUUAAAAAAUUCAUUUGGUUUUGGUGGUACUAAUGCAACACUUUGCAUUGGGCAAUUGUAA